CCGAUGUUUCGUUUCUACCAACCAAUGUGAAAGACGGCCGAGCUGUGAUUAUUUGCUGUUUGUCAACCCAUCUCCUUCCACCUCAUCUUCGAUUUGUCCCGAGUCCAAUAUCGCCGCCCCCCCCCCCCUCAGAAUCCAUCAUGACCGGACUGCAAUGACACAUGCGACCUUGACGCAGUCCGUGCCGCCUCCUCCCGGGCUUCUGCCCUACUGCUCACCAGGUUUAAGUGCUGAAUGCGGGUUCGACCACAUGAUGGCGGAGGAGUUAGAGGGGUGCCACUGGGGAACACAGCCGCGCCGAGUUGCAACACUGCAGUCCAGUCGCUCUGUCGACGCAGACCUGUCCGAUCACGAUGGAGUAAGUUGGUUUAAUCCAAGUUCCCGGGUCCGACUAAGUCGUUUAGGGGCCGCCUAUUGAUGCGGACGACAUGUUUGCGUGUUUGCCUGCAGUUUGGUCUUGGAAAGCUGGAUUCGGUCAGCUCUGCAGCUCAGUUUCGAACCAACACCAAGGCUUUGAUUGGCCUUGUUAUCCUGGGUGUCAAAGAUUCUCUAUCCCAGAUCUUUUGAGCGGUGAACGCGAAAUCACGCAAACAUAUCUCUGCAGCCAAAGUGGCGUGGCUACUCCUGCUUUGGGCUCUCUCCCCAGACGUCGAACGUGGUUUCACAAAGAGCACAAGACAGAAAUCAACACCGAGACCGCAAUCAUCAUGGCCUGGAUUUUCGCUUCUCAGACGACGUUGAGUCUUGAAAACUACUGGAUCAGACUUCUCUCCCCAAUCCUCAUCUACCUGGUCGCCAAGUACAUAUGGCGGGCCUUUCUCUGUCCUCUUGCCAACUUCCCUGGGCCGCGAAUGGCUGGCAUCACCAAGCUUUACGAGGCUUACCAUGUCCUGAUCAAGAAUGACUGGCUCGACAAUCUUGUCUCACUACAUGAACAAUAUGGACCCGUCGUCAGGAUCGGGCCCAACGAGCUUCACUUUAUCGAUCACAAAUUCAGCUUGGAGCACCACAAACGCCCGGAUCUCCUGAAGUGCGACAACUACUACGGCAUUCUCAACAAGCUUCUUGGAGGUCUGGUCAGCCCUAGUGACCAUUCAAAGAGGGCAGCGUCCAUGCGCCCUAUUUUCUCGGGGCAGACUCUCGCCGAAUUUGCCCCAACAAUGGACAAACACAUCGAAUCCCUGCACUCGCGCCUCACGGAUGCCGCGAUGGACACCGAGGCAGUCAACCUGACUCACUUCCUCUGGGCUUACACCAACGAUGUCAUGCUCUCUUACGUCACCGAAGAGGACAACGGAUGGCUGAAGAACUAUGAUUUGGGAGCCGUCCACGACACCACGCGCGCCUUCAGUGCCAUCGAUCUCGCCACGACUUUUCGGUGCAUGCCACCCCUCAAGAUGAUGCUCGAUGUCUUUCCUGCUAUUCGGUCCUACUCGCCUCUCGGCUGGCUUGAUGAACUGGUUGCUUCACACCUCCGACCAAUCGUCAAGUCUUGGGAUGACGAGAACAGCCAUCAGGGUAUCCUUUCACGGAUUUUCAACGAGAUUGGAAACGAGACUCACGCGGUACAAGAGUCGUCGCAGGCCAUCUUCAUCGGCAAUGAGUCGCUCCUGAGCAAUCUGACAUUCGUGGUUCAUCAUCUGGUCAAGAAUCCGGAAUGCGUAAAGAAGAUUCGGGCCGAACUCGAUACCCUGGACAUCGGAACGUACGGCCAUCGUGUGUGGAGAGACCAGAAGAUUUUUAGCCUGAAAUACCUUGACGCAGUAUGCAAAGAGUCGACCAGGUUGAGCUCGCCAGGCUGGCAUCGGCAACCGAGACAGAGCCAAACACCCAUCGACUAUCACGGCACAAUAAUUCCUGCAAUGACCAGCCUCAGUUUUACCCUGCACUUGCUCGAGCACGACCCCGAGCUCUUCCCCGAGCCGGACACCUUCAAGCCCGAGCGGUGGCUUGGGUAUAGCGAGGAGUCCAAGGCAGCCCGCAGUCAUUCUGUCACGUUUGGAACCGGCACCCGGACAUGUCUGGGACAGCAAAUCGCGAACAAGGUCCUGCGCAAGACGGUCGCAUUCCUUGUCUACAACUUCAACAUUACGUUGUGGAAUGAGAAGCUCGAUAGAACUGAAGGAUACAGGUACUUGAGUACAUACCCCAAGAAGGGCCACGAGGGUUACAUGAGGGUUCGUUUGAAUCCGCGGUUCAGUUGCGAUUCAUAGCGGUUACGAAAUUUGCUUCACCAAUACUAUUCCCCUCUGCAGUCUUUUACGCUCUAGUUGUCAUCCACACACGAACCACCCACUUCGAGACUACCGUAUUGUUUUGCAAAUACAUUCUUAGAACCCCC